UGAAUUGGGUUUGGUUAGAAAUAGUUGUAGACAACAUGAAGAAUCCUCAAUCAAACUUACCACCAGGAUUUAGGUUCCACCCAACUGACGAAGAACUCAUUCUUCAUUAUCUUAGGAAGAAGAUUGCAUCCACAACUUUCCCUGUUUCAAUCAUAGCUGAUGUCGAUAUCUACAAGUUUGAUCCUUGGGACUUACCAGCCAUGGCCGCCUUUGGUGAAAAGGAGUGGUACUUUUUCAGUCCAAGAGACCGGAAAUACCCAAAUGGUGCAAGGCCUAACAGGGCAGCUGCAUCCGGGUAUUGGAAGGCGACUGGCACAGACAAGAUUAUCAUGACAUCAACGAUGGUGGCGGGUGGCGGAGGAGUGCAAGAAAACAUUGGUGUAAAGAAAGCUCUUGUGUUCUACAAAGGAAGGCCUCCAAAGGGUGUCAAGACUAAUUGGAUUAUGCAUGAAUAUAAGCUUGCAGAUGCACCAAGCUAUAACAAACCAAUCAAGUCCGAAGAUUCUCCUAUGAGGUUGGACCAUCGGGUUCUCUGCAGAAUUUACAAGAAAUCCAAUGUUUCAACACCCUCAAUAGCAGCUGCAACAAGUAGUCAAGAACAAGAAGAAGAAGAAGAACCACAAUUUGUGCAAGAUUAUCCCCCUCUACCAGCCUUGAUAAGCCCUGUAACCCACAACAGGCUUAAUCCCCAGAAAUCUUGUUCAUUCUCCAACUUAUUGGAUGCCAUGGACUACUCAUACUUGAGUAACAUUCUUUCAGACAAUCAGGGGAACCAAACUGGGUUUGAGUUUUCAGCUGCAACAUUCAACAACACCACUGGAACACAAGAUCAGGCCUUCUUCAGUACCAGUGGAAACAUCGGUAGCAGCUGUAGCAGCAGCAGCAGUUACAUGAUUCAGAAGCUGCCUCCAUUGAACAAUUCAAGUACCCCAAACAUGGAGAACAAACUCAAGAGACAAAAUUCACUUGUUGAUGAGGAUAUACUGAACUUCCCAUCAAAGAAACUCAUCAACUCUUGCAGUUUCACCAACAACAACACCACAACCCAACCUGAUCAUAUGCCACAGGAGGUCAAUUUUCUAAACCAUUCAUUCUUGAUCAAUCAGCAGUUGCUUCUCAGUCCCCACCUUCAAUUCCAAGGAUAGAUAGACUGUUCCAAAGGGAACAAAGAGCACACAAAUUGAAAGAAAAAAAAGAAAAGAAGAGUUGUUAGAUAAGCCUUGAUUGUUCAAGAUGUGCAUAGAAGGGUUGUGUGUAUGUGUUGAUUUUUGUGUUGCGAAAGGACAAAGUUUGAAUAGGGACAUUCGGCUGCUUGUUUAUUAUGGUAUCAAAAAGCAGAUGCCGUUUGAAAGUCAAAAGAUGGUAUAAAACAAUGACAAACAAGCAUGGGGUUUCAUGUCAAAUGAUUAAAAUA